AUGGAGGUGUCUGAUGAUCCAAAAGGACCUCCACCACCACAGCUCAGCUGCAAGGCCAGCGCCUUCCCCAGCACCAAUGCCCGCCCCAGUCUCAGUCCCAGCACCACUGCCCACCCCAGCCUCAGACCCAGCACCACUGCCCACCCCAGCCUCAGUCCCAGCACCACUGCCCACCCCAUCCUCAGUCCCAGCACCACUCCUCAGUCCCAGCACCACUGCCCGCCCCAGCCUCAGACCCAGCACCACUGCCCGCCCCAGCCUCAGACACAGCACCACUGCCCGCCCCAGCCUCAGACCCAGCACCACUGCCCGCCCCAGCCUCAGACCCAGCACCACUGCCCGUACCAGCCUCAGACCCAGCACCACUGCCCGUCCCAGCCUCACGCCCAGCACCACUGCCCGCCCCAGCCUCACGCCCAGCACCACUGCCCGUACCAGCCUCAGUCCCAGCACCACUGCCCGUCCCAGCCUCACGCCCAGCACCACUGCCCGUACCAGCCUCAGUCCCAGCACCACUGCCUGUACCAGCCUCACGCCCAGCACCACUGCCCGUCCCAGCCUCACGCCCAGCACCACUGCCUGUACCAGCCUCAGUCCCAGCACCACUCCUCAGUCCCAGCAGUGCAGCCUCAGUCCCAGCACCACUGCCUGUACCGGUCUCAGACCCAGCACCACUGCCUGUACCAGCCUCAGACCCAGCACCACUGCCUGUACCAGCCUCAGACCCAGCACCACUGCCUGUACCAGUCUCAGUCCCAGCACCAUUGCCUGUACCAGCCUCAGACCCAGCACCACUGCCUGUACCAGCCUCAGACCCAGCACCACUGCCUGUACCAGCCUCAGACCCAGCACCACUGCCCGUACCAGCCUCAGACCCAGCACCACUGCCUGUACCAGCCUCAGACCCAGCACCACUGCCCGUACCAGCCUCAGACCCAGCACCACUGCCCGUACCAGCCUCAGUCCCAGCAGUGCAGCCUCAGACCCAGCACCACUGCCUGUACCAGCCUCAGACCCAGCACCAGAGCCUGUACCAGUCUCAGUCCCAGCACCAUUGCCUGUACCAGCCUCAGACCCAGCACCACUGCCUGUACCAGCCUCACGCCCAGCACCACUGCCCGUCCCAGCCUCACGCCCAGCACCACUGCCUGUACCAGCCUCAGACCCAGCACCACUGUCUGUACCAGCCUCAGUCCCAGCACCACUGCCCGUACCAGCCUCAGGCCCAGCACCAUUGCCAGCCUCAGGCCCAGCACCACUGCCUGUACCAGCCUCAGUCCCAGCAGUGCAGCCUCAGUCCCAGCACCACUGCCUCCUCACGCCCAGCACCACUGCCUGUACCAGCCUCAGACCCAGCACCACUGCCUGUACCAGCCUCAGACCCAGCACCACUGCCUGUACCAGCCUCAGACCCAGCACCACUGCCUGUACCAGCCUCAGACCCAGCACCACUGCCUGUACCAGCCUCAGACCCAGCACCACUGCCCGUACCAGCCUCAGACCCAGCACCACUGCCUGUACCAGCCUCAGACCCAGCACCACUGCCCGUACCAGCCUCAGACCCAGCACCACUGCCCGUACCAGCCUCAGUCCCAGCACCACUGCCAGCCUCAGGCCCAGCACCACUGCCUGUACCAGCCUCAGUCCCAGCAGUGCAGCCUCAGUCCCAGCACCACUGCCUGUACCAGCCUCAGACCCAGCACCACUGCCUGUACCAGCCUCAGACCCAGCACCAGAGCCUGUACCAGUCUCAGUCCCAGCACCAUUGCCUGUACCAGCCUCAGACACAGCACCACUGCCUGUACCAGCCUCAGACCCAGCACCACUGCCUGUACCAGCCUCAGACCCAGCACCACUGCCUGUACCAGCCUCAGACCCAGCACCACUGCCUGUACCAGCCUCAGACCCAGCACCACUGCCCGUACCAGCCUCAGACCCAGCACCACUGCCCGUACCAGCCUCAGACCCAGCACCACUGCCCGUACCAGCCUCAGACCCAGCACCACUGCCCGUACCAGCCUCAGCCCCACACCUUUGCUCCUCUCGUCCCACUUGGCUGUGGCUGGAUGUUCGCUCUGCUUUGUGGGUUGCUCCUCUGCCACAAGCCUAGCAACAGUGUGA